AUCUCGUCUUUUUGGCAUUGCAACGUCUAUCUAUCAGAACGAAAGCCUCCUAAUCUGAGAGCAAUCGCACCAGAUUGAACCAUGUCAGGCUCAGCAGUAGUAGCCGGAGCAGCGAGCUCGUGGGCCCGCGCGCUAGUCCGGAUCUCGCCCUACACCUUCUCCGCCAUCGGCAUCGCCGUCUCCAUAGGCGUCUCCGUCCUCGGCGCCGCCUGGGGCAUUUACAUUACCGGAAGCAGUUUGAUCGGUGCUGCAGUUAAAGCUCCUCGUAUUACUUCCAAGAAUCUAAUUAGUGUUAUCUUUUGUGAAGCUGUUGCUAUUUAUGGCGUUAUUGUUGCAAUUAUUCUACAAACAAAGUUAGAGAGUGUUCCAAAAUCACAGAUUUAUGAACCCGAGUCUCUCAGAGCAGGAUAUGCUAUCUUUGCAUCUGGGAUUAUUGUGGGCUUUGCAAACCUUUUCUGCGGCUUGUGUGUGGGAAUCAUUGGAAGCAGUUGCGCAUUGUCUGAUGCUCAAAACUCCUCUCUUUUUGUGAAGAUUCUUGUGAUUGAAAUCUUUGGUAGUGCCCUUGGUUUGUUCGGAGUGAUAGUGGGAAUAAUUAUGUCAGCUCAAGCCUCAUGGCCUGCAAGAGCCUAGUAAUUUCUCUUCUCAUUGGAGCAUGACAACCCGGAUAAACAGAGUGCGAUGUCUUAUGUAUGGUAAACAGACUCUUGUGUCUUGUUCUUUCAAGCCAUUGUUAAUACGGAUAUUAAGAAUUGGUGUUCAGAUAUAUUGCCCCUUAUUUCAAUCUUGAGCUGAACUUUUCUUGGAAAAGACUGAAA